UGCCGCUGGGUAAUUUCCGUCCCGUAUGGUUCCGUAUGGUACGGCCUCUUACUCCGGCUGCUUCCCUCCUUCGAUGUACUCCGAACUUAUCGACUGCUUCCUACCCAACGGCCAAUAAUCCCAAGCAACUAUCCGAUUACCAACCUGUUGUCCUCCUGUGGCCCCGCGGCCAAUGCACCCCCUCUUCCCCUUCCUUUCUCUUCUUUCCUCGUUUCUCUUCGAUUUCACUAUCAAAGAAUAUCCCCGGUUGGGCUUCAAGGCUAGCGUCUCUUCAGCAGGAUACCAUGACAAACCAUAGAGGGGUUCUCUCCGACUUGGCUGUCUCCUCCUUAUUGCGCUUAUUUAUCUGAUUCUGCUGUGGACGAAUCGUCUGUUCCAGGCCGAGAUCACUAAGCUCCCUAGUUCCCCUCAGCCUGUCAGCCGAUGGAGCCCGACAGAAAACGGUUCCGGCCUAAUGUGACUAGAUGCCAAUAUGGAG